AUGGAGUCACUUGUUGGUCUCAUCGAGGAGCGCGCUCGCCAUCUGGAGGACCUGCUUGGAGUCCCCGUUCGUCCCAGCGUUAACCCUGGGGCCCUUCCACGAAGCUGUGCAAGCGAUCUGGCCAAAUACAUUGAUCACACUAAUUUAAACCUGGAUGCACGCCCUGCUGACAUUGACAAGCUCUGUGAUGAAGCAGUCCGAUUUGGGUUUACUGCCGUUUGCGUGAAUGGCUGCUACGCCAGACAGAUUACAAAGAAACUUGCUGGAUCUGAAGUCAAGACGUGCUGUGUGAUAGGAUUUCCUUUAGGAUGCAUGACGACUGCAGCCAAGAUAUCAGAAACGAGGGAGCUCGUCCAGCUCGGUGUCCAGGAAAUAGAUAUGGUGAUCAACUGUGGAUGGCUGAAGGCUGGCAUGUACAAAGAGGUUUAUGAGGACAUCAAAGCGGUUGCAAGUGUUUGCCAUUAUGGGAGCAAGCCUGCUACUCUGAAAGUGAUCCUAGAGUGUACCUGUCUUGAAACCGAUGACCUUAUCAUUGAUUCAUCUCUUCUUUCACUAGCUGCUGGAGCCGACUUCAUCAAGACGUCAACGGGUAUGCACAAGGCUGGAGGGGCCAAGGCCGAACAUGUACGCAUUAUGAGGUUGGUUGCUGGAGACAAGAUGAAGGUCAAGGCGGCUGGAGGCAUCCGCAGCGCAGAAGCGGCACAGGAAAUGGUGUGUUCAGGAGCAGAUAGAAUUGGUGCCAGCGCUAGUGUUGCAAUAUGCGGGGGGCAGGCCUAG